UUCCAUUAAAACGAAAUAUUUCUGAUCGAUCAACUUUGAAAUCCAAUUUUGUGAACCAUACAUUUUGCCCGUGGCUAAUAGAUUUCAGUUCGUCAGAGGCUAUCGAUAUAACAUGAUGUGCAAAAAGCUAACUUUAUUAUGUUCUUUACUGGUGCUUAUGUUAAUAGUAAAAGAGAUAACACCCCGAGUGGAGUUUACGAACUUGAAGUGUAGGUCAGUGAACAAAGAAAUUGCGGAAUUUACGCAAUGCACUCUGAAAUCGAUAAAUCGAACAUAUAAAUAUAUUUCGGGAAGGGUAACCCUGUAUAAACUGCCAAUUACCAAAGCACGGGUCAACUUUGGAUUGUACAAAAGGUUUAAUGGUUACAGGCCAUUUCUAUACAAUCAAACCAUAGAUGCUUGCCAUUUUUUCAAACAUCAAAAGGCAAAUCCCGUAGCAAAGUAUUUCUUUGACAUGAUUAAGGAGUUUUCCAACUUAAACCACUCCUGUCCAUAUAAUAGCGAUAUUAUUGUGGAAAAACUUACCACCGAUACGGUUAAUCACCAUGUUACGAAAAUUCUCCCUUACCCGGAAGGUGAUUACAUGUUAGAGACUCAUUGGAUGCUAAAUGAUAUUUUUUGCGGAGUAAUUCAAGUGUAUCUAACUCUGUUCUAAAUUAUAAGUUACACUAAUAGGCUGUCACUAUUAUUCAUGAUUUCAAAUUUAGUACUCGCCAAA